CACAUGGGCAGCUUCACCGAGAGUCAAAGAGCAGGACCAGGACAAGAGAUCCCUAGAUCAGGACACUGUCACCACCUGUCAGCCUCUAAUUCUUUAUUUGAGACAGACUGCAAACUUAAUUUAGGCUUUAUAGACGUUAAAUGAAUAUUUACGAUGGAUUCAAUUGAAUUAGAAGAGCCGGCGGUAGCCACUCAGGAAAUUGCAAAAGCAAUCACUGGACUUUCUGCGGACACAGCCCACAAAAUUUGCUCAGAUCGGGUGAUUGGCAGCAUCGGUGUCGCCGUCAAAGAGCUGGUUGAAAACAGUCUCGAUGCAGGAGCCUCCAGCAUCACAGUUCGCCUCAAAGGGUACGGACUGGACAGCAUUGAAGUCGUUGACAAUGGUCGAGGAGUGAAGGAUUCUGACUUUGAAACACUAGCCAAGAGCUUUCACACGUCAAAGCUGAGCACUUUUUCUGAUCUGGACAGUGUCGGGACGUUUGGUUUUCGAGGAGAGGCGCUAAGCUCUCUUUGCAGAGUUUGCGAUGGCAUGGAAGUAGUCACUAGGCACGAAACCUCGGAGGUCACAGUGAAACUCAAAUACAACGCAUGUGGCGAAUUGGAAGAGAAAAUCGAGGUUGCUGGGGAGGCUGUUGGCACAAAAGUUACUCUGAAGAAGCUCUUCGGAACCCUGCCAGUGAGAAGAAAAAUUUUCCAAGACAAAUCACAGUUAGAAUUUGCAAAAGCGCUGAAUUUGCUGCAUGCAUAUUGCAUUAUUUUAGAAAAAGUCAAAUUUCAGGUGUUUCAUCAAGUUGCAGACGGCAAAGAAAAUAAAAAGCUGGUAUUCACAAAUGGGACCAGCGUGAAAAACAACUUGAUUCAAGUUCUGGGCAACAAACUGGUGCAAAAUCUGCUGGAAAUCAACAGUGACGGAUCUCACCCUAAUUUUGAAGUCAAAGGGUUCGUCAGCUCCUGCGCCCAUGACAGUGGCCGAAGAGUGCCUGACAAGCAGUAUUUUUAUCUGAACACCAGACCAGUCGACAUGCCUCAGAUUUCCAAAGCAAUCAACAAUGUCUACAAGCAAUUCAACAAGAACCAGUUUCCGCUUGUUGUUUUGAACGUCACAACCAAAGAGUCCGACUCUUUUGACGUCAAUUUGGCGCCGGACAAGAGAAGCGUCAUCAUUAGAGAUCAAAAAUCGCUACAGACUUUGAUUGAGGACCUGUUGAACAAGUUGUAUGAAAACAUUCCAAGCACGGUGAACCUCAACACGUCAAUCUCAACCAAAUACAAUGACUGCAGUAAUUUUUUUGAAAGAUUUGCUCAAGGAAGUCAAAAGAAAUCGAAUGAGGUGUCGACUCCGCCAGCGGCAAAGAAGCCCAGGUUUACUGUUUACGAGUCUCCGUCCCUGAAACUGGACAGCUUUUUUGUGCGACUGCCUAGAAGGUCAACUGAGCCUUCUGAGGAGGUCAGAAAACCAGAAGAAUCGCAAGAAUCUAGUCCAACCAACACAUCUUUUAGUAUUGAAUUUGUUUCACCUGGAAAUUUGGACAAAGAGGAUAGUCCUGCUCCUCAAGCAGAAUCCAAAGAGGAGAAUAAGGAAUCAGCGGCUCGCACUAAUAGUCAAGAAAGUCCCUUGGCGCGCUUUAAAAUGUCGAGAAACAAGUUGGUUCAGGUGGAGAGCCAAGUUGUCAGUGAAAACAAAGUCGUAGAGGUUUCUAAAGAAGACCCAAGCGCUAAAUCUGCGAAUAUUGCCUCUGUAGAAUUUCAUAUUGAAGAGCAAGAUGAAGAAGUUAAGCCAAAAACCCAAGAUUCACCUGUUCUAAUCGAAAGAAGAGAAACAAAAACAGUUGUUGAAGCUUCUUCGCCAGGCAAGACUGAUCUCAAAUUCACUGCUGGCUUGGAUCCUACCAAAGGUUUGCUGGCAGAAGAGGAGCUAAACCGAAUUUUCAUGAAGGGAGACUUUUUAAAGAUGAGGAUUGUUGGCCAGUUCAACCUUGGCUUUAUCAUCGCAAGAUUAGGGGAAGACGUUUUUAUCAUUGACCAGCAUGCUUCAGAUGAAAAGUUCAACUUUGAAAAGCUAUGCAGAGAAACUAAAAUCAAAUGCCAACGAUUGGUUUUACCAAUGAAGUUGCACUUGAACACCUCACAGGAGCUAGUUUUCAGCCAUCACAGCAAACUUUUCAAAGAUAAUGGCUAUGAGUUCAACAUUGUUGAUGACGCUCCUGCGGGUGAGAGGAUCCAACUGACUGCUGUGCCAUCUUUGCUUCAUGCCACAUUUGGAAAGGACGACGUCCUAGACGUUAUUUACCAGCUGCAAGACUCGCCUUACAGUCAAAUCAAGAGCAAGAGAGUCCGAUCUAUUCUGGCCUCAAAAGCGUGCCGGUAUUCCGUCAUGAUCGGGAAACCAAUGAACCAUGCCGGAAUGAGACGUCUGGUUAAUAACAUGUCUACAAUGGACCAGCCAUGGAACUGCCCUCAUGGGAGGCCGACUAUGAGACAUCUUUUUAAUCACAAACUUGUUAUGGAUCAGCACAACAUCAAGAAAGAUGAGAAGCAAAAGCCUCGUCUCGGCCGCUUUGUUACAAAGUGAAUAAAUGUUCUAGAAUAUUUUCACUGUUUA